AUGAAGGUCUCCGCCAUCACCACCAUCCUCGCCCUCGCCAUGGGCGCCGUCGCCCUGCCGGAGAAUCCAGCUGCCGCACGUGAGGUCCAGGUCGAAGCGAGAGCCGGCUGCCCCAACGGCCCGUCCAUGACCGCCUGUGGCCAGCUCUGCGAGAGCAGAGUCGCCAUCAAGUGCAGAAACUGCAAGGAUAGCACGUGCAAGACUGCUUGCCAACACGGCGGUAUGCUGAACAAGUGCCUCGACUGCUGCAAGAGCCGCUGCGUGACUUGCUAA